UAAAGAUUGGUUGUUUGAACCUGUGGAGUGAAUACAUCAUGUCUGCGAACAAGUCAAUAAUACACAUUUUAGUCUUUAGUUUCAUAUGUGCUUCGGGAGUACUAUGUGAUGGUACAAAUGACGCAACUUACAGAGCAGGCAGAGGUGGAUCUAGAAGGACCAAAUUAGAGAUAUCCUAAGAAAAGGUUCAGUACGAUCUACUCUGAACCGGCGUGAAUGAAACGACUGAUGAAUGUGGAGGAAGCAAGAGAAGUGUGUCAGGAUCGAAGAAAAUGGAAUUCCAUAGUAUCUUCUUACCCCGUUGGGAAAUCGGCAUGAGUUUAUUAAUCAUGGAGGUCGCACCACUUAACGGCAACCACGCGAAACACAAUGCCACAGGUUUAGUAAAAGUUGAUUUGUAUUAUGAGAGUCGCUGUUCGGACUCUAUAGCUGAAUACCCGGAGAUGUCUACAGUCGUGAAGAAACUGCACAAUUAUAUAAAUCUUACUACAUACCCGUACGGAAAAGCUAAGAUGCGCGAGGAAAAUGGAAAAGUAAUAUUUACAUGCCAGCACGGUGAGAAGGAGUGUUAUGGCAACAAACUGCAUGCGUGCGCCAUCGACCAGCUUAAGGAUGUCCGGAAGUAUGUGGACUUCAACGGGUGUUUGAUGACCCGACAGUCCAAUGAUGCCGCCGUGGAUGAGUGUGGCAAAUUGCAGAAAGUGGACUCAGAGGCUAUCAAGAAUUGUGCCCGGGGUCCCAAAGGUGACGAAUUACUCAUACAUUACGGAAAGGAGUCGGAGAAAAUAAAGUAUACAGAUGUCCCGUGGGUCCUCAUCAACGGAGAACUUAAAGCCAACAAUACGUCACUAUUGGAUACCGUUUGCAAAGCUAUAGGCAACCCACCAAAGGAAUGUCAGAAAUAGGAUGCAGAUAACUGGUAGUAAAUAAAAGUAACAACGCCUAAGAAA